AGAACAACAAAUAGUUCAUGGGAACACACACUAAAAACAAUAAUGAUGAUUAAAUCGAUCACUAGAUAUGUCCAUGCUUGAUAUGAUCUAGAAGAACUCGCUGUCGUGAAUCAUCCAUGUAAAAUGCUGGACCUUGUGCUGAAACGUCCUAUAACGUCUUUUGUUGCACUUUACCUCCUUCAUCUUACAUCGGGAACAGUGGUUUUCGUCUUGUUCCUGGACCCAACAUGGGGAUUCUACAGAUUCUGCACGGUAAUACAUGGGGAACAUUAUGUACGUCAUACUUUGGCUAUGAAGAACGCAAUGUUGUGUGCAGACAACUCGGAUUCAAUACCACCAACAAUAGGCAAGUGGAUUUCGGUUCACUACCUGGAAGUGCUAAAUACCUGGGACGAUUCAACUGCAAUGGAAAGGAAAAGAAUUUCGACAGCUGUCCAGAUUUUAACUUGACCCGUUGUAAUUACCAGAGCACCCUGGGAUUGGUAUGCCUCAGUGACACAGAGAGCUUGGUAACUCUUGGCAUCCAGAAGACCAGAGACAUCAAUGAGGGAAGUCAGUUGUAUUGUUCAGUGUACUCAAGACAGUCACCCUACGUGUAUGCAUGGACACGAAACGGAAACAUUCAGCAUAAUCAGACAUCUAGUGCGGUCAGAAUGCAGCGCACCGACUCUGGAAACUGGACCUGCACUGUCUACUCAAGAACUGGAAACAAACGCCUUGGAUCAGACUCAGUUAUGGUGACAGUUUUGUACCACCCAUACAGCUUGACCAUGAGGACCAUUUACGCCCAACGAGGAGACACAGUGAAUCUCAGCAGGACCGACAUCAGCCUUCCAACACCACACGUCUUCAGAUGGCGCCAUACAGGUCUGGACUCUGAGUUCUCCGAAUCGACCAAACCACCAGUCAUACCAAAUAUACAGCUGCAUCACUCAGGGGACUAUAUCCUGGAUGUCACAAAUACGUUUCCCUCAGGGCGUUCAGACUCUGGCAUGGAUCUAAUCAAACUGUAUGUGUCAUACGCCCCCUCCAUCAAAUGCGAAAGGGAGGUAUCAGUGGUGGAAGGUAAGUCUCUCGACUUAGAGUGUGACGUCGACGCCUACCCAGAUCCACACACCUUGACAUGGUCGCACAGUACAGGGUACAAGAAAGAGGUGUCCAGCAUGACAGAGAAAUACCAUAUUCCUAAGGUCUCUCACUCUGAUGGCGGCCUCUACACGUGUGAGGCCCAGAACAACAUCACCGACCGCGAUGGGAACGUUGACAUUGGCGUUGGAACGUGUACCAUACGGGUCACUGUCCACGACGUCGAAGCUACAACAUUACCAGUUGUUGAUGCCAAUUCACAUGACAAGGGAGGCAACUCUAUGACGACUGUUGUGUAUGUUGUUGGGACGAUCCUAGUCCUGAGUGCUCUCGGCCUUGUCAUUGUUCUCGUGGUGUUGACACUGAAGCGUCUCCCGGUGAAAGGGAAGGGAAAAGAAGACUUGAAGACGCCUCCUCCCAGCCCUGAAAUUCUUCAAGAAGAGCAUGCCUAUGAAGGACUGACUAUUCGCUGAGGUGUGACGGAAUGCCCCGGGCAGCAUUGCAAGAUUCUUCACAAGCCCUCCGCUACCUUCCUGUACAGUUUAAUUGUGUCAGCAUUCACGUUUAUAGGAAACGAAAACAAAUGAAUUAUCAUGUUAGCUUGCUAUGUUUUGACACAUUGACAAUCUUUAAAAUGUCAGAGUAACCAGAAACGUCACAAAACAUUCAUACCUCCUUGAUACAUGUAUAUACACUGAAACACCAUUGUGUCUAAUAUCAACAUGUGGAACAAACGGUUGUCUCGAACUAUAAGUUUGGUCCAUACGCAUUCCUUUCAUUAUUUUCGGUUGUGUCGAACACGGGAAGUUCGAUUUAUUUACUCAGCCUUCGCCUGUGACACAAUGGUAUUUGACCUCAUAUUUUUGCUACUCGCUUUAGCACAUAACACUGUGUGUCUUCAGACAAUGCGAAUUCCUCAUGUAUGUAAUUGGAUGCAUCAUGCUUUUAUAGUGUGUAUUUCAUUAUUUUCAAGUAUUUCUCUGAGUGUAUUUGGUCAUUACUGUAGCCUCAUUGCCGUAAUCUCAUUAUACUGAUAGAGAACAUAUUCGACUAAAUGAUACAUAUGUACUAUGUUAAAUUUGAAAAAUCAGUAACUUUGAUUGAUUGUCUCACCCACGUGGAAUAUCAUUUAAACUACAUUUGUUGGUGUGUUUUGAGGGUUUUUUGGUGUUUUUUGCUUUUUGUUGUUGUUUUUUUAUUAUUAUUUUUUUCAUUUAUUUUUUUACCACCAUUUUGAUCAGACUUCACAAGAUAGAAUAACUAGGAACGUCACCUACUUGUGUACCAUAUUUAUGUUUGUGUACAUUUUAAAUCUUUACUGUUUGCACCACCAUACAAGGGUCUUCAUAAUAAAUGAUUCUUGUGUAUAAUUGCAUGCAUUGACAAUGUUUUACUACACGUGUAUUAUAUACAAUAUACGUUUCGUUGUUAAUAUUUGCUUAUUUCUGUAGCCUCAUCAUAUGGAUAAUGGAAAUAUAUUCGUAAAAUUGA